AUGCCCAGCCAAAAACGCUCCCGAGCGCCAGUCUCGAAGAUCUCCUCCGCGGCAGCUCCAGGAGCUUCAGGCACUCCAGUCGCCGGCAACAAAUCAUCCGUGAUUCGCUCCGCGUUCUCACCUUCAGAAUAUCAAUUGGCCCUUUUUGCCUCAGUGAUCCAGGGGCUGGAUGCUCAGCAUCUGCGGAUACAUGAUAUCAACUCCGGCCGAUUACGCUGUGAACAUGCGGUGAACCCAAAGGAGGCUAUCACUUCAUUGGACUGGGGAUACUACGGCGAUUCACAUGCAGAUAGAGAUCAGCAUUUGAAGAAAAAGCGCAAGCGGAGUUCUGGCGUCAAUGGUAUCGUGGAUGCUUCGGAACCGGGAGAUGCGGUGGUCGCGUUUGGUACGAGCUCAUCGGAGAUUCGAAUGUACUCUCCUGCAGAGGGUAAGGUUGUUGCGACCCUUACCGGCGGACAUGAACGGGGGAUCAGAGAUUUUAGGUUCACAAUUGAAAAGCCAGGCGUGGAAGGGUGGAGUAUUGGAGGUGAUGGAAAGCUCGUGCAGUGGAAUUUACAGACUGGCACUGCAACACGAGUGUCCUUUAGCGCUAUGCGAAACACCGUACAUACAUUGAUAUCAUCGUCUAAUGAUUUAGCGUCUCUAUCCGAAUUCUUCCUUGCGACUGAUUCAGAUCGCUACAUAAAUUUAUUCGACAUUCAAAAGAAAAAGCUCCUGGGCUCUUUAGUAACAGACAAGGAGAUCGAGUCCAUAGCAUUUUACGCUGCGAGCUCAAAGUCGCGAAAUAAGAAAGAUGAGGCUUCGAGAUCGGCGUUAUUCCAAAAGCAACUCCUCGCUGCGGUCACUAAAGACGGAGCGAUUGAGUUGUUCACAAGGCCCUUCCAUCAAGCUGGCGAGCCGCAGUCUGCUAGCACGCUAUCUAGUCUCAAGUCUCGGCUAAAGGCUGCGACGCGUCGAUCAGACGCUUGUGUCAAAAUCGUCAAGCCUGACGCCUCGAGAACUAUGGUUCCCAUCCUCUCCGUUUGUUUUGACGGUUCUGACAUCGUUGUCGCAUGGGUAGAAGCAGGUGCUAAUGUUGUAUUCGACCGGGUACGCUGGCGGGACGAGGAUUCAGAAGAGUUAGCUCUUCACGGUGAAAACGAGAUUGCUCGCGGCAAGUCUGCGUCAAUGGUUGGAUCUGCACUGAUGAACGGUGUGAAAAACAUGGGUAAAAGCCAUGUAGACGAAUCGCGUGCGACUGUGGAACAGGGUGGCUUCGCGGAGGGACUUGCGACGGACGGUCAAGCGGACGAUGUGUCCGGGACAAGUGAUGAAGAAGAUGAUUCAGAAGCAGAGCCGGAAGUGCAUGAAGAGCUCCCGCCUGCUGAGAGCUUGUCAAAAGCAGACGAUGAUGUCGAUAUGGCCGAUGUCGAUGCUGAAGAUGAGGCAGACGAAGGAGAACCCUCUUUCGGUGACCUCGUCCGCGCCAACACCGCGAAACAAAUCGAUGUCGCAGCAGAACUCGACGAAACCGAAACGGGAGCACUAACCACUACCAGGCCGUCUAAAUCACUCAAUCAGCUAUCCGCUGGCCUUUCUCUUGCCACCGUUCUCUCGCAAUCCCUCAAGACCAACGACCACAACCUCCUCGAAUCUUGCUUGCACACCACCGACGUAAACAUUGUACGCGCCACCAUCCAACGCCUAGAUUCCUCCCUCGCUGCCACUUUACUCCAAAAGCUCGCUGAGCGCCUAUCUUCCAGACCAGGCCGCUAUGGUAACCUACUAGUUUGGGUGCAAUGGACAUGCGUCGCGCACGGCGGCUCGAUAGCAGGACACCCAGAAAUACUGAAGCGAAUGACCUCUCUAUUCAAAGUUUUGGAUCAGCGCUCAGCCAGUCUCUCGUCCUUGUUGCUGCUAAAGGGGAAAUUGGACAUGCUGGACGCCCAACUGGGAUUGAGACGGAGCUUGAAUCAAGCCCGGGAGGGACGGACUGAGAGUGAGGAUGACGAUGUGAUCUACGUUGAAGGGCAAGAAGAUGUGGUAGAAAGCGAGGAUGAGGAACGGCUUGCUAUUGAGGAUGUCGGGGGGUCGCGGGGUGCUCACGACGUUGAUAUGGGUGAUGUCAGCGGUGAAGAUGCCGAGGAGGAAGAAGAUGAUGAGGAGGAUAUGCCCAUGGUAGUUAAUGGCAUUGCGUCGGAUGAGGAAGGUGAUGAAAAUGAUGAGGAAGACGAAGAGCUUAUUGACGAUGAAGCCGAAGAAUCCAACGACGGCGCAGAUGACGCAAGUGAGGAUGAGGAUGAGGAUGAAGAUGAAGAUGAAGAGGAUCUAGGAAGCAUGGUCGAUUUCAUCGCGGACUCGGAUGAGGACUCUGAAAUUGUCGACGAUCCACCGUCGUCGUCGUCGAAAUCCAAAAUAAAAAAGGGUAAAAGUCGAGGGUAA